CUUUUCUUAGAGUCUGAAAGAAAAUGCGGUCCCUCUCCACCUAUUCAAAAUGGAGACAUCACCACAUUCCCAUUAGCAGAAUAUGCUCCAGGGUCAUCAGUUGAAUACCAAUGCCAGUUCUUGUAUGAACUUCAGGGAAACAAGCAGAUAACAUGUAAAGAUGGAAAGUGGUCAGAACCACCAAAAUGCUUUGAUACAUGUGUAAUAUCAGAAGAAAUUAUGGAAAAACAUAAUUUACAGUUUAAAUGAACUUAUGAGAAAAAACUUUAUUCUAGAACAGGUGACAUAGUUGAAUUUGUCUGUAAAAGGGGUAUCGUGAACAGUCACCAAAGUGACUGUUUGGUGACUGUUUAGUGAGAAUAAAAUGUAUAUUGCUUUCC